GGUUCGCUGGGCGGAGAGGCUCGGCCCGUCCGGCCUCAUGUGCUGCUGGAGGCACUAGCAUGGGCUGAAGCUGCGCUCCUGCUGCUGCUACCACCGCCGCCGCCGCCACCACCUCCUACCAUUGGUGUUCGGAAAGGCCAGCCAACUCUCGGCUUCAUGGCCACGGAAGCCACCGCCGCCGCGGGACCCGGCGCCCGGUUGCCCACGUCGCCCACCCAGCGAGAUUUCUACUGGCUGCGCUCCUUGCUGGCAGGAGGUGUUGCUGGAUGUUGUGCCAAGUCAACCAUUGCACCAUUAGAUCGAGUAAAGAUUUUGUUGCAAGCUCACAAUCAUCAUUAUAAACAUCUAGGUGUGAUUUCUACACUUUGCGCUGUACCGAAGAAAGAAGGCUUCUUAGGAUACUACAAAGGAAAUGGAGCAAUGAUGAUUCGAAUCUUUCCAUACGGUGCAAUUCAGUUUACAGCAUUUGGUCAGUACAAAAAGGUGAUAAAGAGCAGGCUUGGCAUUUCUAGUCAUAUUCAUCGGUUACUGGCUGGAUCCUUAGCAGGUAUAACAGCAGUGAUCUGUACGUACCCUCUUGAUAUGGUGAGAGCACGGCUGGCAUUCCAAGUCAAAGGAGAUCAUACGUACAGGGGAAUUAUUCAUGCAUUCAAGACCAUUUACACCAAGGAAGGUGGUAUGCAAGGAUUUUAUCGUGGACUUAUGCCAACAAUAGUCGGAAUGGCUCCAUAUGCUGGUUUCUCAUUUUUUACCUUUGGUACCUUAAAGAGUGUGGGACUUGCUCAAGCGCCUACCCUGCUCGGGAGGCCUUGCUUAGAUAAUCCUGAUGUCUUAGUUUUGAAAACUCAUGUAAAUUUGCUGUGUGGUGGCAUAGCUGGAGCCAUAGCACAAACAAUAUCAUACCCUCUAGAUGUCACUCGUAGACGAAUGCAGUUGGGAGCCAUACUUCCAGAUUCUGAAAAAUGUUGUACAAUGAUCAAAACAUUGAAAUAUGUUUAUGGAAACCAUGGAGUACGAAGAGGAUUGUACCGUGGAUUAUCAUUGAAUUACAUCCGUUGUAUUCCUUCUCAAGCUGUUGCCUUCACCACUUAUGAAUUUAUGAGGCAGUUUUUACACCUCAAUUAAAGACUGAUUCCCCCCCCCCCAGUUUAUAAUGUAUUGAAGCUUCAGAAUAUAUUUGAGAAAUCACUAGUAUUUAAAGUGCUUUCUUUAAUAUAUGAAAACACAGCAAAAAAUUGAAGGAGCUCAACAAAACAUGGCAGAGUUUACUAUGUAUAUAUUUUGCAAGAAUGGAUAUACGGUUUACUUAAUUGAAAUCGAUGUGGUUCCAAAUCAUUGUAUGUUUGUGUCCAACUUUAAGAAUUUGAUCACCUUUUUUAAAGUUAGGAAAAUUUGUUUUAGAUGUCCGUAUGCCUUAGCUAAAAUAUAAGUUGUAGGCACACUUCAAAUUACAUUCCAUGUAAUUGAAUUGAAAAUGCUUAUUUGCUAACGUGGUUAGGGAUGAUGUAGCAUUUAAUGCUGUAGAAACUCAACUCAGAGUCUGCUUUUGAGAGGCCAUUCACCGUAACUUUACUUUCAGAUUUUUGUAAUAAUUAGAAAAUGGCUCAUACUUUAUGAUACCCUGUUCCUUAACUAGAAUCAAAAGUGGUGCUUAGUUUCUUAUAUAAUUUAGUUUAGCCAUGUUAACUAUUGGAUGUUUUUCCUCUGAAUCAUGCUGUAUUAUAAAUAGCUUUUGAACUUCUCUCUCAGUUGGAGUAGAUGGGUAAUUGGGUGGGUUUAUAACACAAACACACAAACUUUCAAACAUAUAGCAUUCAGAAAUUCAGUGCAAUCCUUUUGAUAUAAUUUGAUAAUGCUCUCAAUCCAUUGUUAGUUUGUCUCUACAUUUGAAAAAAAAAACAGUACAAAAAGAAUUAAAUGACCCUAAAAUGAAUAUUGUACAAGUCUUCUUAGCCUACAGUAUUUAACCUUCCAUGUUUUAUAAAUGAAGUUAUUAAACUUAAUUUAAAAGGAAAAUUGUUUGACUUCACGAAGCUACUGUUUGGAUUUCAUUACAGAGUUAAAUUGAAAUUAAAAAAUAAAGAUAAGCAGAAGACACUGCUCCCUGUGCUGUGAGCAUGUGGGAUAAUGCUGAUUUUUUUUGCAUUAGAUAAAAUACUUAUGUAAAUAAAUUAGGGUAUAGGUCUUUUGGGGUCUUUAGUUUGGCCAGAUAAAGUAUAUGAAUUGCACAUGGGUCAAGAUGCACAUCCAUCUACAAGAGAGAAGAUAAUUAAAACAAAAAUAAUGCUAAAAUCUACUGUCCUAAAACAGUUUUCAAGCAGGCAUUACAAUUCAUCUUCUUUGCAGCCUGUUUUCAGUAUCUGCAUAGAUCCAGCUUGUAAGUAGAUAGCUUAUUCUGUUACCCUUGAGUGAUUUAUGUGUGACUUUACAACUUCUGAUUGGCGGUUGCGUUGUUAUUAAAUCUUCCUCCUCCCUUUUUAAAUGAGCUUGCCACAAGAAUGAAACUCUAGCAUUUCAGAAUUUCAGUCACCGGUCUUUUCAAAUUAUAUUGUGAUGAUGAAUUGCAAGUUGACAGCCCACAUCUGGAUGAUGUUAUUUCAUUUUCAGGGGAACUUGCUUCUAUUAGUAAUCAAUCCUACCCUUUUUGCCUUUAUCCAUGUCAUGGAUAAAUUGUUUUUCUGAAGUAGCCUUCUUAAUCAGACUCUUCAUUCCUCCAAUUUUAUUUUCCUCUUGCCCAUAGUGAAUUGAGAAUGUCUUUUAAGGAUUUAUUUGAUCCAUGGACUUUUAUAUAAGUAGAAAUCUGAUGAUCACCCUUAAAAUUAUAAAAUUACAUCCUUCUCAAAAUUUUAAUAUAAAGCAAUUUUAUUUAUUUAUUGUAAAUAGUAUAUAUUGAUUAUGAACUGAAAAUGGCUAUGUUACCAAAAAGUAGCUGUGAACUGGGUAUUGCUCAUGGCCUGUACCUAUCAUAUAAUCUUAAAUUCUGUGGUUUGACUUGAAUGAUAAUUGAAGGCAUAUAUACCUUUAAAUAUGUAAUUUGAUAUAUUUCUGGGCAGAAACAUGUACUAUUUUUUUUAAUAAAAUGACUUGAAUAACAAUA